UUGUUAUUCUUUUUUUUUUUUCUCCUGCUGUAUUGAACUCCAGGCCUGCGAUCGAGACCAGCAGUGCGGAGGAGGGAUGUGCUGUGCGGUCAGCCUCUGGAUCCGCAGCCUGCGAAUGUGCACGCCGAUGGGAAAUCUGGGAGAGGAGUGCCAUCCUUUGAGUCACCGAGUCCCCUUCUCCGGGCGGCGGAUGCACCACACCUGCCCGUGUCUGCCCAGCCUGGCCUGCGUACGGACUUCUCCCAGCAAAUUCAAAUGUUUACCAGACUUCAGAAAAGAAGAUGUCUUUUUUUAG